AUGACCAUGCAGCCGUCACAGUCAGAGAGCGGUUACGUUUGUACGACGAUCGAGGAAGCCGUACAAUUCGGGACUCGGAUGAUCAAACGAACGAUCGCUCGAUGCGGCGACGGUCACUACAAUAAAACCAGGCGACGGGCAGGGAAAUCCCCAAACAAGUCCGAGCAGAGUGUGGCGAAAAUGAACAGCCUCCUUUUGGGCAACCCCGCGACAGGUGCGCAUGGAAUCCUCCUUCACCGCCUUCCCGCUCCGCCCUCCGGUUGCCUCUGCGAUCUGCCAAGGCCGCGCGCGAGGAGGUCUGCGAGAUCGCACCUCCUCUCCUUCAAGCUCAACCUCUCCUGCUUUAAGUCGUCGUGCUCGCGAUUGUCGCCGCCCGCGCCCUCUUCUUCGAUCUUCAGCUCUCCCAUCGCUUCCGCUUCUGUUGCCGUUUCCGCCUUUGCUUCCUCCGCCGCUUCGAUUGCCGCCGCCGCCGCCGGUGCGAUUUCUUCAUUCGUCCCCAUCCGGAAUGGGUUCUUGAGUUGGUACCUCCGGAUGAUCGAAGCGCACCCUCUUACAACCAAGAGCCUCACCGCGGCAUUCAUAUUCGCCACCGCUGACGUCUCCUCUCAGAUAAUCACAACCGCAUGUACUGUUAGUCUUGAUACUGUGAGAAUUCUGCGAAUGAGCGGAUAUGGUUUGCUAGUUCUUGGUCCUUCAUUACAUUUUUGGUACAAUUUUCUCUCAAAUAUUCUACCAAAGCAAGACAUAAUCACCAUUCUGAAGAAAAUUUUACUUGGGCAAACUACAUUUGGUCCUAUAAUGACUGCUGUGUUCUUCUCAGUAAAUGCAUUUUUACAAGGUGAAUCUGGCAAUGAGAUAUUUUCUAGGUUAAACAGAGAUUUGAUUCCCACUAUUAAAGCCGGAUUUUUGUACUGGCCUUUGUGUGAUUUCAUUACAUUUAAGUUUGCCUCCGUUCAAUUACAGCCUUUGGUUUGCAAUUCAUUCUCCUUUUUUUGGACGAUAUAUCUGACCCAGAAAGCAAGCUUGGAGAAAGUAAGCGAUCAAGAGAAUUCAACCUCUUGACUUCUUUCAGACUUUGAAGAUUCGUUAGUUGUACAGUCCCCAUCUCACA